CUAAACGUUUCAUUUUACAAUCAAUUGCAUACAAUGAUGAAUAUUUUUUCAAGAUGUGCAUUAAACUUAAGAUUUUUUCUACGAAAUUAUUCAAAAGGAACGAAGUCGAAUAUUAUCGACCAUAAUUUCGAUGCUGUGGUAGUUGGAGGAGGUGGCGCCGGGUUAAGAGCAGCCUAUGGCCUCGUAGAGGAAGGCAUCGAAACGGCGUGUAUAACAAAAAUUUUUCCAACCAGAUCUCACACUGUUGCUGCUCAAGGAGGCAUUAAUGCAUCCUUAGGAAACGCUGAAGGAGAUUGCUGGAAGUGGCACUUUUAUGAUACGGUUAAGGGCUCGGACUGGCUUGGAGACCAAAAUGCGAUCCAUCACAUGACCAAAGAGGCGCCUGCUUCUAUUUUAGAACUGGAGGCGGCCGGAAUGCCGUUUUCACGUUUUAAAACUGGAAAAAUUUAUCAGAGGGCCUUUGGUGGUCAAACCUUGGAUAGAGGAAAAGGGGGACAGGCUCAUAGAACUUGUGCCGCAGCCGACGCUACUGGUCAUUACAUGUUGCACACAUUAUACGGCCAAUGUGUGAAACACAACUGUAAAUUUUUCAUAGAAUAUAUUGCUCUGGAUUUGAUUAUGGAGGAGAACGUUUGUAAAGGAGUCAUAGCUUGGGAUUUGGAAACGGGAACAUUCCAUAGAUUUGCUGCCGCAAAUACGGUAAUAGCAACUGGAGGAUUUGAACGAGCAUAUUUUUCAUGCACUUCAGGCCACACCUCUACUGGGGAUGGUAUUGCAAUGGCAGUCAGGGCAGGAAUUCCCUUAGAAGAUCUUGAAUUUAUUCAAUUCCAUCCAACAGGGAUUUACGGCGUUGGAGUUUUAGUAACUGAGGGUGCAAGAGGUGAAGGUGGUUACUUGAUAAACGGCAAGGGCGAACGAUUUAUGGAAAAGUAUGCCCCAAACGCCAAAGAGUUGGCUUCCAGAGACGUUGUAUCUAGAAGCAUGACGAUGGAAAUAUUAGAAGGAAGAGGAUGCGGUCCGAAAAAGGAUCACAUUUUUCUACAAUUACAUCAUCUGCCAGUGGAAAAACUCAAGAAACAACUUCCGGGAAUUACAAAAACUGCUUACGAAUUCGCUGGAGUUAAUAUAUUUAAAGAACCGAUUCCAGUUAUUCCCACUGUGCACUUUGUAAUGGGAGGAAUUCCCACAACUAUAAAUGGACAAGUCGUAUCUCAAGGGGAAGAUGGCGAACAAAUUGUGAUUCCGGGUUUGUACGCCUGUGGGUCAGUAUCUUGUGUUUCUGUCCAUGGAGCAAACAGGUUGGGAGCUAAUUCACUUCUGGAAUUGGUUGUGUUUGGAAAAACCGUUGCUAAACAUAUUGCGGAGAAUUAUAAUGAAGGUUGCACUCCGAAACUAAAUCCGGAUUCUGGAAGUUGCUGUUUUGAUAGAAUCAACGCAAUUAGAUUCAAUAAAAGGGGGAAGUACCGUCCGUAUCAGUUGCUGUUGAAACUGCAACAAACUAUGCAGAAAUACGCAGGUGUGUUUAGAACUCAGGAAUUGCUCGCUGAAGGUUGUAAGCAAGUUGGAAAUUUAUAUAAAGAAAUGAAAUAUCUUAAGUGUGAAGGCGAUACUUUAAUUUGGAAUACUGACUUUUUGGAAUGUCUUGAAUUGCACAAUUUGUUCCCAAUAGCAUUACAGACUAUCCAUUCCAUGGAAGCGAGGAAAGAAUCCAGAGGUGCUCAUGCCAGAGACGAUUAUAAAGAAAGAGUCGACGAGUAUGAUUAUUCUAAACCGGUAAAGGGGCAAAGAAAACGUCCAAUUACUGAACAUUGGAGAAAACACACUUUGUCCUGGAUAGAUUUAGAAAGUGGUCAGGUGGCUUUAACAUAUAAGCCGGUUGUAGAUGAAACCUUAGAUGAAGACGAAUGCCCCUCAAUACCUCCAGCUAUCAGAAAAUAUUAAUAAUUUAUUGUCAAAUGUAUAUUUAAAAGUUUAUAUUUUAUUAUAAGAUUUAUUUUACAAGAA